GUAGUACUUCAUAUCAAAUAGGAUCUUCAUUUUCUUCUUCUUCUUAUUUCAGUGUUAGUUCAGCCAGCUUUCCUCGACCCGAACUACUAUAGUUCUCUGAUCCAACAGCUUAAUGUGAUAUGGAGAGGCUCACUUGAGUACUUGUGGCAAGAUACCGAUGCUGAAGGGAUCGAGAUCGAUGGAUUGUAUCAACUUCUUUGAAGGAGAAAAUUUAUGUGAUAAUUCAUGGGCUACAAGAAACUUUGCAUGUAGCUUUUGCAAGAGAGAGUUCAGGUCUGCUCAAGCACUUGGGGGUCAUAUGAAUGUUCACAGAAGAGACAGAGCUAGGUUGAGACUCCUACCGCCAACCCGUUCUUCAGAAAUAUGUCCUCAAAACCCUAGCCCUAACCCUAGCUCUUAUUUUUCUACAUCAUCAUCCUCAUCUCUUUCAUCAUGUCAUUCCUUGUUUUCUCCUUCUCUGAAGACUCUGGUCUCUACACCUUCAUCAGCUUCAUCUAUGGAUGAAAAUAAAAAACCGAGAUAUGACUACUGGCCGGAAAAUCACUUUCCUGAUCUGAUUCUCAAGAAAGGCAUGGGAGGUGGUGCUGAUCAUGAGGCUGGACAAAUAUUUAAGGGUUUUGCACAAAGAGAUGAUGAAUACUUCAACAAGAUUGAUCCGGAGGAAGAAAAUAAAAUAAUUAGGGUUGACUUGGAGUUGGACUUGGAUUUGGACAUAGGGUUGCUCAAAGAUCACAAGGAGGAAGUGGAUCUGGAGCUUCGACUUGGUCAUCUUUAGCUGCAAUAUUCUUCACUACUUUUGGGGAACUUAGUUAAGUUACUUAAGAUUUGAAAUUUGCUUUGUUUCCUUUCUUCUCUCAGCAAACCUUUAGUUAUAGUAGACUGAAAUUAUAGAUGGUUUGAGAAGGUUGAAUUUUAAUAAUAGAUCUACUGGAUGAUUAAACUUAUAGGUUUAUGCAACU